GCUGGCUAAGAGAACGCCACACUUUUGAGAGUUGCGAUGCAGUAUCGUCACCAAACCAUGAGAGAUGUUAUUCCGGGCGUGUUCCUUAUCUACAACAACUAGGUUGAUAGCGGCGGAAAGAGUGCAUUGUGGUCGAUCCUAUGGUCUCGGCUUCCACGCCCUCAUAUACGUGCGCCUGGUGCACGACGCCGUGUUUCCUCACAGGACAUGUGAAUUUCGCAGUGUGGAAUAGACAUGUGAUCGCGAGGCGAUGUCUAUAUACGAGCCAUCACCCGAUGAGGCAUAGGAGGUCGGCCUGUGAGUUACCCACCGCCGUUGUUGAACGUUGCACUGUGCGAAACCGGCGCGGACCCUUGCGGCGGCGGCAGCGGCGACGAUUGACGGGGAGUCGUGGGAGUGUCACAUGUGCGACGUGGAAUGCUUUGCGGCUUCAUCUCAUUGAUGGGAUAUUGUAUCGUGACAGCGACGGCGACAACGACGAUGAUGACGACGAUGAUGAUGAGGGAGAUACAUACCUAGGUACUUCGGGGCGAUGCAGUAUAUUGCCGGGUUGUGCCCAAGUUCUACACAGUUCGCGCAAAAGAUGGUUGGUGAAACAGCGGCGCGCGGAUACCGGGAAGUCCUCAAAGUGACUACCUAGGUAGGUAGCCCAGGUAAUGCCAGGAACAGGCAAAGGUAGGGAGGCACGGCAGGUAUGGCAAGGCAGGUCGAGACCUCGUCGUCAGCAAUAGGAACGUGAUGAUGUCGAGGUUGUCCACCACCACUUCUCUUAUCUCAGCUACAA